GGCCUAACCUAGCGGGCACCGAAGCUCUCGAGCACGUUGCUGGUGGGCGCGGCUGUCGGGACUAGGGGAGGUCGGGAGCGAGCGCCUGCCUGAGUCCAGCAGAUUCGGCACUCUGACCCACGCUUAGCUGGGUCGCCCUCCGGUAACACCGCGGUGGCAUCCGGGGAGCUGUCGUCCAUCCUUUGCGGCGUUUCCAUAGAAGCUGAAAUUUGUCACCAUUCUUCAAAAUGCAAUGGAACGUACCACAGACGGUAUCUCGACUAGCACACCGGACGUGCUUGGAACCAUAUAAAGCUGGUCUUUUUGGACACUGUCAAAACAUAAAUGGACCAUUACUUAUGUACAGUGCUGAAUCCAAAGUGGUGUUGGUACGAGGCCUUCAGAAGCAGUGGUUGCAUUUACCUGCUGCCUGGUGUGUGGCAAAGGAAAAGAGGCCAUUGGGUGCUCAUCCACCCUACCCUGCGCUCCUUCGCCGUAAACGAUGGAAGCAAGAAGUUUUGUCCAAGAGGAUUUUAUCUUCCAGUGCUCCAGCCCAAGGAACUCCAGAAAAAAAGGAAGAGCCUGAUCCUUUACAAGACAAAUCUAUUAGUCUGUAUCAGCGAUUUAAGAAAACAUUUAGACAAUAUGGAAAAGUUUUGAUUCCAGUACAUCUAAUAACUUCUUGUGUUUGGUUUGGAACAUUUUACUAUGCAGCCCUGAAAGGAGUGAAUGUCGUUCCUUUUCUAGAAUUCAUUGGGUUACCUGACAGUGUGGUAAACAUCCUGAAAAAUUCCCAGAGUGGAAAUGCACUAACAGCAUAUGCCAUGUUUAAGAUUGCAACCCCUGCCCGAUACACAGCGACUCUGGGAGGAACAUCCUUUACUGUGAAGUAUUUGCGAAGUCAUGGCUACAUGUCAACACCACCACCAGUCAAGGAAUAUCUACAGGACAGGAUGGAGGAGACAAAGGAGCUCAUCACAGAGAAGAUGGAAGAAACAAAGGAUAGGCUGACUGAAAAGUUACAAGAAACGAAAGAAAAAGUUUCUUUUAAGAAAAAGGUGGAAUAGGGCGCCUUAUGUAACAGGGUAUAGAAGAUUCCUAUACUUUAACCCUUUGGAAACUGGGCAAAGAUAUAUGCUUCUGAUUAGUUUUUGAUUAGUUGCCUAAAUAUACUAGUUCUCUGAGGGUUAAAGAACUAAUAUACCUUUUCUAAGUUAAAUAUCACUACAAAAAUCAGUGUUUUUGAAAGAAGAAUUUCAUAUCAAUAGCACCAUUAAGCCACGUUUAAUGUCUUACACGUCAGAAUUCUUUUUCAAGGUCUUCAGAAUUACACUUGCUUUAUGUUUUGCUGCUACCUGGAAUUUAUGCAAACUAGGCAAGUGACUCUUUGAAUGACUGAUGUGACCCAUAGACAGGCUGUUAGUACUGGAUCUUAAUGUUUGUUAUCUAGUCAGGUUUUAACUAUGUUCAGUUCUUAAUGUGGACACAAACCAGCACCGUCCAAACUGCCUGUGAACAGAGGGUACUUUAGUCUCUAUAAAAACAAUAUGUAAGUUAUUUACAGAUAAAAUUCAGACCUUAUAUGAGGAAAGUUGAAUAAAAAUUCAGUCAUAUAUAUGUAAAUAAGAUGUGUUAGUUAUAAGUAAAUGAAAAUGGACCCUUUAAAGAUGAUUUUUACUUGAAGGUUGUCACAAUUUUUUAAAGCAACUAUAUAUGGUGAUAGUACUUUUUCAAACUUGUAUAUUGGUGAUGAUCACCUCAAACAAAAAACUAUAUUGUGGAUUGUUUGUGUUCCCUUUAACUAAUACUUCAGAGGGAAAGUGGAAAAUCAUUAUACCCUAAAUUUAUUGUUGGAGUCAAAGUAUUCUUCAGCAGCAACUCAAGCUUAUGUUUCUCAAGCAGAAAAAGGUUUGGGAGACUUAAAAACGGUCAGGUUGUUGCAGACCUCUUCCCGGGGCAGGGACAGGCCUUGCCUCAGCAAACCAGUAUACUUCCCAGUAUCUUAGUUUCAGAGUUUAUUUCAUUCUGGAGUAAAUUUUAAAAUUGUAGCUGCUGCUCUUUCUCUUAACAUUGAAAGAAAAUAUCUUUGCCUUAGCAUUCUCCUUGAUUUUUUUUUUAUAGCAAAGCUAUCAUUAAAUUAUCUGCUCGGAAUGAAACUUAACUGUUGUCAGAUAUGAAAGUUGUUGGGAUUAUGGGUGUUCAAGUAUGUGCGUGUCUCUUUCUUUUUGCUCUGUGUUUAUUACUUCAGUUCUAACCUUGGAAUUGCUAAUUGGAGGAAGGAAUGGCUUCCUUUUAGAUUGUCAUUGUUUUGACUAGUUCACUAGGGCAAGAGAAUGUCAGAAGGCUUGCCACAUAGUCCUGUGGGGUCCCUGCUGUUUGGUAGGGUUUUAGUUUGGCCAAAUUUAGAGAUGAGCUUAAAGGGGGCGGGGGGUUACAUUUGAUAAAUCUGAUCAUUAUGUUGGAAUGCUUUUUUUUUUUAAUUGUUCAGGAUUUAUUUGGAUUUUAAGGAAGGGAGGUCUGGCAAUUAACAAGAUAACAAAGAAGAUGUGCUCAUUUAGACUAGAUUUUAAGCCACACUGGCUUUCUUGACUAAUUUGAGGACUCAUCACAUCACUCAGGUUCAGCUACAUUCUUCACAGUGUCAGUAACAGUAACAAAGACAGGAGAGACCUGCCAACACUAGCCAGCUGGUGCUGCUGAGUUUCCAUUACAAGUAUGGUUUGCAACGUGACCGUUUCCUUUCUAAGUUCACUUUGUUCACACAUGAAAAGAUUUUGAUGAUUCUCAUCUAGGUCCUUCAUACUAAAAAACAACAGACCUUUAAGGAUGACUUGUAUAACUCAUUAAAUUUGUUCAUUCUAUGGCUGUGAAUAGUUUUAGAGUGUUGAGAAGCCUUUUGUAGGUGUUGAAGUAUACCAUCCAGUUUUUCUUCUUCUUGAGUUUCUAUGUACCCAUUUCCUACUCAGGAAUCAAAGACAAAAACUCCUAAAAAUAUUCCUGACCAAGAUACUGUCAUAUGUGAAAAUAUUCACAUUCUCAGCUCCAUCCAUGUGAACAUGAAGGCUCCCUUUGUUCUUGGGUUUUCCAAACAUGAUCAAUU